AAGAAAUAAAUAAAGCAAAAAAGCUUCCAUGAUUUUGGCUAUGGUGGAUCUCUAGCUUCGAAGAAGCAUCUCCCUCUUUCUCUCUCUCUAUCUCGCAAAUUCAAGUUGUGGGUGUUGUACAAUUGCAGCAAAGCAAUGCAGAUCUGAUCUUCCUUUGCAAUUGAGAGAGAUCCCACCUUCUCAAUUUCUUCUCCGAUUCAGAUCCCCGUUUACAAAGAACUAACUCCAUCCAUCCACUAUCUUCUUAAUCCCUUUUUCUUCAAUGGGUUUGCGUUCAAACCCUACUGCAAACCUCUCUUUCUCUUCUUCUUUUCUCCUCCUUCUGCUUCUUCUUUCUCUCUUUGCCUCCCUUCAGGUGUAUUCUGCGGAAGUGGAGAAAGAUGAGUUGGAUGGACCUAAGGAUCUCGGUCGUCGUAGCAAGAUUUCUUGGAGCAACAGUGACACGAUUGCUGCAAAAAAGGAUGGUGUUGACCCAGAAGAUCUUAAUCUUGACAUGGACUCCAUUGGUCUUGGAGUUUUUGACGCAUUUUUUGCGAGUUUGUCGAUGAUAAUUGUCAGUGAGAUUGGAGAUGAGACAUUUAUAAUUGCUGCGCUUAUGGCUAUGCGCCACCCCAAGUCCAUUGUUUUAUCUGGUGCGCUCGCUGCCCUGAUUGUAAUGACAGUACUCUCAACUGGUUUAGGUAGGAUAGUGCCGAAUUUGAUAUCAAGGAAACAUACCAAUAAUGCCGCUACAGUUCUGUAUGCUUUUUUUGGAUUGCGGUUACUUUACAUUGCUUGGAGAUCCAAAUCAGAGAAAUCUUCAACUAAAAAGGAAAUGGAAGAAGUAGAGGAGAAACUUGAGGCUGGACAAUCCAAGACGACCUUCCGCCGCUUCUUUCUGCGAUUUUGCACACCCAUAUUCUUGGAGUCAUUUAUAUUGACAUUUCUUGCUGAAUGGGGGGAUCGGAGUCAAAUAGCAACAAUUGCUCUAGCAACACACAAAAAUGCACUUGGAGUGGCUGUGGGAGCCAUAUUGGGGCAUUCAAUUUGUACAUCAAUGGCUGUGAUUGGUGGAAGCAUGUUGGCAUCAAAGAUAUCCCAAGGCACAGUUGCAACUGUUGGAGGCUUGCUCUUCCUUGGCUUCUCCUUGUCUUCCUAUUUUUUCCCUCCUCUAUGAAAAGCUUUAACCCCAAUCGUUCACCUGUUUGUAUGUCAUUUUGUCUUUCUAAAUUCUUUCCAACCUUUUUUUUUCCUUCCUUUUUUUUUUUUUACAUUUUUAAUAGUUUGGAGAAGUCAGAUAUUUCUUGGCCCUUGGUCUAGCAUACACAAGUAUAUUUAUGUACCGAUUCUAACUCUAUAGUUCAAAAGCAAAUUCAUAUAGAGCCUUUUUGUACUCACAUAAA